AAUUGAUUCAUGGAAUAAAAGAAUUUCUAAACUUGAAGAAGCGGAUAAUGAUCAUUUAGCCAGAUAUAAAAAGCUGGAAGAAUUGAGUACUAGCUGGUAUAAAGAUAUUAAAAAGCUUGAAGAUAUUGUUAAUCGUGAUCAGAAAAAAAGAUGCAUAUGUCAAGAUAAUGGAAUUUUCCUACUUGAGGUAUGGUAUGAUGAAAAAUCAGAAAUUGUUAUUCUGGAAAGGAUACAAAAAAUCAAGAAUUUCGUUAAUCAAGCUUCCAAAAUUUUCGAUCUAUAA